GACGCAGGUGACAGAGUCUUCAUUCGCAGGAGUCGGCUCAGAACCCCAGAAAUGAGGCUCCUCUUCCCCACCCUGCUAUUCCUCAGCGCCCUCGGACUGUGUCUGGCCAUUCCUAAGAAAAAUGUUCGAUGGUGUACCACUUCAUCUUUAGAGGGUGUCAAAUGUGACAAAUUCCAAUCACAAAUGAAAACAGUGAAUAGUCUCUUGCUCACCUGCGUAAAGAAAAACUCCCACCGUCGAUGCAUGAAGGCUAUUGCGGAAAACAAGGCAGAUGCUAUGACCCUCGACAGCAGUUUGAUUUAUGAGGCAGGCCAGGAUCCCUACAAUCUUCGACCUGUCGUGGCUGAGGUCUAUGGAACUGAAGCAGAGCCGCAAACCCACUACUACGCCGUGGCUGUGGUGAAGAAAGGCAGCGGCUUCCAGCUGAACAACCUGCAAGGCGUGAAGUCCUGCCACCCGGGCCUCGACUGGACGGCAGGGUGGACUGUCCCUGCGGGCAUGCUGCGCCCCUUCUUGAACUGGAGCGGGUCACCAGAGUCCCUUCAGGAUGCUAUUGGUGGGUUCUUCUCUGCCAGCUGUGUUCCCUGUGUCAAUGGGAAGAAGUACCCCAAUUUGUGUCAACUGUGUGCAGGGACCGGGGCCAAUAAGUGUGCUUGCUCCUUCAAGGAACCAUACUUUGGCUACUCCGGGGCCUUCCGGUGUCUGAAGGACGGGGCUGGACAGGUGGCGUUCCUCAAGGAUACCACAGUGCUACAGAACCUACCAGAUAAGGCUGAGCGGGACCAGUAUGAGCUGCUAUGUCCAGACAACACCCGAAAGCCGGUGGAUGCAUUCAGAGAGUGUCACCUGGCCCGCAUCCCUUCGAAUGCAGUGGUGGCCCGAAGUGUGAAUGGCAAAGAGGACUUGAUCUGGAAUCUUCUUCAGAAGGCACAGGAAAAAUUUGGAAAAAACAAGUCACCGGCAUUCCAGCUCUUUGGCCCCUUCCGUGGGAGGAAGAACCUGCUGUUUAAAGAUGUCACUGUUGGCUUUUCAAGGGUCCCCUUGAAGGUAGAUGCUCAGUUGUACCUCGGUUUCAGCCUCCUCAGAUUCAUCCAGAACCUGAACGGAAAGUUCGAUCGGCUGAGGGAGCAGAGUAAGCUCCUGGUGUGGUGCGCCGUGGGCAGUGACGAGGAGCGCAAGUGCAAGCAGUGGAGCACCCAGAGCCAGAACACAGUGACCUGCACCGUGGCUGCUACCUCUGAGGACUGCAUCGCUGCCGUGAUGAAAGGAAAUGCGGAUGCCCUGAGCUUGGAUGGGGGUUAUAUCUACAUGGCGGGCAAGUGUGGGCUGGUGCCUGUCCUGGUGGAGAAACGAAAAUCCUCCCAGACGGACUCAGAUUGUGUCAAUACCCCUGCGGAAGGCUAUUUCGGUGUGGCGGUGGUCAGGAAGGCAAACACUGACCUCACCUGGAAUUCUCUGAGAGGCAGGAAGUCCUGCCACACUGCGGUGGGCAGAACCGCAGGCUGGAACAUUCCCAUGGGUCUGCUCUUCAACCGCACCGGCUCCUGCAAAUUUGCUGAAUACUUUAGUCAAAGCUGUGCCCCUGGGGCGGACCCCAGUUCCAGCCUCUGUGCGCUGUGCAUUGGUGACGAGCAAGGCCAGAACAAGUGCGCAGCCAACAGCAAUGAGAGAUACCAUGGCUACACGGGCGCGUUCAGGUGCCUGGCUGAGGGGGCAGGAGAAGUCGCCUUUGUGAAAGACACCACUGUUGAGCAGAACACGGAUGGAAAGAACCCUGAAGCAUGGGCCAAAGAUCUGAAGCAGACGGACUUUGAACUGUUGUGUGUCGAUGGCAGCCGGAAGCCUGUGAGUGAGGUGCAGAGUUGCUACCUGGCCAAGGCCCCUGGUCAUGCGGUGAUGUCUCGUAAAGACAGAGUAGAAUUUGUACGGAAGGUGCUGCUCCAGCAGCAGGCUCUGUAUGGGAAAAACGGACAAGCCUGCCCAGGCACAUUUUGCUUAUUUUCAUCUGAAACCAAAAAUCUUCUGUUCAAUGAUAACACUGACUGUCUGGCCAAGCUCAAGGACAAUACGACAUAUGAGACACAUUUGGGAGCUGAGUACAUCACAGUUGCUGCUAACCUGUGGCAGUGUUCCAACUCUGAGCUUCUGGAUACCUGUGCCUUCCUGGGCAGCUAA